AUGGGCUUUGGCGGUGUGCUGGACGACAGCACCUUUUCGCAAUCCUCCGUAAUGAACGCUAACGAGCAUGGACAGUCGCUAAAAUUUGUGUUUUCCUUGGAUUGCGUCUGCCGCAUAAACGCUUUCCGUGCGGGACGAGACGAGACGAGACGUGCUGCAGGGUUUUUCGGUGAUCUUGCGAUAAUGCUCGACAAACAUGAUGUUGUUGUAGCGUAG